GUAGAGAUGAGUUUGGGACAUCGUAAAAUCUAAACUCUAAUUCUUUUCGUCUCUCACCACACUUCUUCAUCUCACAGUUAGCUGGAGACAAUACCAGUCUUCUCCAUCUCAUCCACUUUUAUAUUUAUCUGUAUCGCUCUACUAGACAGAUACAAGAUUCGAUUUGAUAAACUAAUAAGCACAACUCAAAUCUACGGGCGGAGAAGCAACACACACAAUGACGGACGUUGCUACAGCACCACCACCCUCCACAAACGGUGUGCACGAAAACAAAAAACGAAAGCUUUCAAAAAACCAACAGAAGCGUCUUCGCGCAAAAGGAAAGAAGCAACAAGGGUCCCGAGAAGUCUCUGCUUCCGCGACAGAAUCCGCCUCCGAGGCUGAAAGUAUUUCGCAGUAUGAUGAGGUUAAAGAAGAAACUGGUUCAAGAGACCUCGAUAUGCAGGAUAUCGCGCCUGUCGAGAUUGAGCUCGACGAUCCCGCAUUCUCUGCCUACAAAGACAUUUUUCAGAAAUUCAAAACCGAAGACGAUGAUGUGCAAGUUGCAGAUUCAAAAGGAGACAUAUACUAUAGUGACGAUGACGAACAAGACGAGGAACAGGAGGCAGCAGCAAUGGAGCAGGUCAUGAGCAAAAAGAAGCUUCGGAAACUUCACAAAAUCUCGAUCGCUCAACUCAAGGCUCUAUCUCCUCGGCCGGACAUUGUUGAAUGGUUUGAUUCUGAUGCGGUAGAUCCAUUAUUACUAGUACGGAUAAAAGCGGCCAAAAACGUGGUCCCUGUUCCCGCUCACUGGAGUGUGAAGCGAGAAUACCUCUCAUCGAAACGCGGUGUCGAAAAACCUCCAUUUGAGCUUCCGGAUUUCAUCAAACACACCGGUAUCAUGGACAUGCGCGACAACACAAAAGAAGACGACUCAAACCUGCGACAGCGCAUGCGCGAGCGUGUACAGCCGAAAAUGGGCCGUCUGGAUAUCGAUUACCAGAAGCUCCACGACGCGUUCUUCAAGUUCCAGACAAAGCCGAAACUCACAACAUAUGGAGAAGUCUACUACGAAGGCAAAGAAUUUGAGGCGAAUCCGAUCGAUCGGCGUCCGGGUGUACUCUCUGACGAACUCAAGCAGGCCCUGAGUAUCCCGCCUGGCGCUCCACCACCUUGGCUACUCAACAUGCAACGCGUCGGGCCACCGCCAAGUUAUCCGGGUCUCAAGAUUCCUGGUUUGAACGCGCCGAUUCCAGCUGGUGCGCAGUGGGGUUUCCAUCCAGGUGGAUACGGAAAGCCGCCUGUUGACGAAGCUACGAACAGACCUCUUUAUGGUGAUGUGUUUGGAGUGGUUGAGCAGCAGGGUAAUGAUGAAAAUGAGCAGGAAAACAUUGACCGGUCAGUAUGGGGAGAACUACAGCCUGACGAGGAGGGAGAGGAAGAGGAGGAGGAGGAGGAGCCUGAAGAGGAGGAGCGAACUGUUGGAAUUGACGAGCUGGAACAAUACGAGUAGUCGCUAGCAAGAAAUGUACUAUUAUUGAUUAAAACAAUCCGAACGCCAAGC